CGCGCGUGAUGUCACGGCUGUUUCUAUAGAAAUUGGGUGACAUCACGAGCCGGGGGGCUGCGACCCGCCACGGCAGGAGCGGGCCGGCUCCCCGGGGAGGCGCGGCGGCCCCGACCCGCAGCGAGCCAGCCUCGGGGGCGGCAGGAGCCGUGGCCCGAUCGUGAUCUUCUCCCCUCUUCUCUGUCUGUCCCCUCCACCCUAGCCGCGCACCUGCCGGAGCCCGGGCGGGUCCCCCCGCUUCCCGGGCCGGUGUCGAUGCUGAGCGGGCCGGGGGCACUGCCCGUCUCCCCCGCACCAUGGACGGCUUCUACGACCAGCAGGUUCCCUUCAUGGGCCCCGGGAAGUCCUGCGCAGAGGAGGGCCGAGGCCGGACAGGGGCCGAUCGGAAAAGGAAGUUUUUGGAGACUGACCUGGCCCAUGACUCGGAAGAGCUCUUCCAGGAUCUCAGCCAGCUCCAGGAGGCCUGGCUAGCUGAAGCUCAGGUCCCCGAUGAUGAACAGUUUGUCCCAGAUUUCCAAUCUGACAACUUGGUCCUGCACGCCCCACCUCCGGCCAAGAUCAAGCGGGAGCUGCACAGCCCCUCCUCGGAGCUGUCGUCCUGCAGCCACGAGCAGGCUCUGUGUGCCGCCUACGGGGACAAGUGCCUCUACAACUGCUGUGCCUACGACAGGAAGCCCCCCGCCGGGUUCAAGCCAUUAACGCCGCCCGCCACGCCGGUGUCCCCCGUGCUGGUGUCCCCCGCGCUGCCGCCGGCCCCGGCCCUGCCCGCGGCCGCCCACGGCGCCGCCCUGGCCCCGCGCCCGCCGCUGCAGGAGCAGAGGCAGCAGCAGCAGCCCUUCGCCGUGCCGAGGCCGCCUCACCCGCCCAUGCACAUGCCAAAGAUGAUGUCUGACAACCAAUACCCCGCAGAGCACAGGUUCCAGAGGCAGCUGUCUGAGCCCUGCCACCCCUUCCCGCCGCAGCCCGGGGUGGCGGGGGACAGCCGCCCCGUGUACCACCGGCAGCUGUCGGAGCCGCUUGGCCCCGCCACCGCCCGCCCCACUCAGGGAUUCAAGCAGGAGUACCAUGACCCGCUGUACGAGCACGGCGGCCCCAGCCUGCCCGGCCCUGCCGGCCACGGCUUCCAGCCCCCCAUGGGCAUCAAGCAGGAGCCCCGGGACUACUGCAUCGACUCAGAAGUGCCUAACUGCCAGUCCUCGUACCUGCGGGCGGGCGUCUUCCCCGGCAGCCACGAUGGAUUUUCAUAUGAAAAGGACACACGAUUGUAUUUUGAUGACACGUGCGUGGUACCAGAGAGGCUGGAGGGUAAAGUGAAGCAGGAGCCCACCCUGUACCGCGAGGGCCCCCCAUACCAGCGGCGCGGGUCCCUGCAGCUCUGGCAGUUCCUGGUCACGCUCCUGGACGACCCUGCCAAUGCCCACUUCAUCGCCUGGACCGGCCGGGGCAUGGAGUUCAAGCUGAUCGAGCCCGAGGAGGUGGCUCGGCGCUGGGGCAUCCAGAAGAACCGUCCGGCCAUGAACUACGACAAGCUGAGCCGCUCCCUGCGCUACUACUACGAGAAGGGCAUCAUGCAGAAGGUGGCCGGCGAGCGGUACGUCUACAAGUUCGUGUGCGACCCCGACGCGCUGUUCUCCAUGGCCUACCCCGACAACCAGCGGCCCUUCCUGAAGCCGGAGCCCGAGUGCCCGGUGCCCGAGGAGGAGACGGUGCCGCUGACGCACUUUGAGGACAGCCCCGCGUUCCUGCUGGAGAUGGAUCCCUGCGGCGGGCUCCCCUACGCCGAGGGCUUCGCCUACUGACUGUCCCCGCCCGGGGCACCUGCCCUUUUGUAAGGAAUAUCUUUGCUGUUCAGGAGGAGAGGGAAAAAACAACCCCACCAAAACCAAACCAAACCACCCACCCCCGAGCGAGCGGGCGCCCGCCGCAGGCGUCGCCCAAGGGCCGGUGCGUGCAUGGCCGCCGCGCUCCCACGCCUCCCGUCCAAGGGCUACGGCGCGGGGCUGAAGCUGCAGCCCCUGGCCCUGGGAGCCCCUGCAGAGCCCUGGGCUGGGGCUGAGCCGACCUGACAAUCGCUGCCUGGUGUGGUGGUGGAUAGAAAGGGCUUUGAUUUGCACACAGGAGGGGUUUGGGGGCUGCCCGGGACCGUGCCCUGGGGCUGAUGCGCGCAGCACCCUGCCCCCAAGCCCCGAGGAGCCUUCUGCCUUCUCCCCAAACCCCCUCUCCCAGCCCCCCGCUCUCGACUCGCCCCGACACGGGCACGUCCCGGCCGCCCUGCGCCCUCUCCCUGCCCCUCACUCCUCCUGCCUCGGGCUACGGGCGUCAGUUUGGGGUAGGAGACCCUGACACUAUUUCCCUCCCCUCUUUCGUUUGGUUUAUUGUUUCCUCUGCCGUUUCAGGGCGGGGAGGGGGGGAAGGAGAGAGGUUUCUAAGCUGACUUUUGUAGACUUUUGUAUUUCAAGGCAGAGCUGUUCCACAGCCCGGCUGCUGCUCCCGGAGCCCCGGCCUCGCCUGCCGGCACACGCCGGGGGAAGCUCCUCCUGCCUCCCCGGGACGGCUGCCUCGCUCUCUGGUCCACUCCAUUUCACUGCUGAGCCCCCUGCCCAGGGAGGGGAGCUGGGGCUGAGUCGUGCUGCCCCUGCUCACCGUGGCCUGAGGGGGCUGUGGGCUCCCAGCCCAGCUCAUCCCCCCGCAGCGCCUCCUGGCACCCCUCCACCUCUCCAUCUACCCACACCUGCCUCUCCCCCUCCUGGCUACAUGGUUUUGUUGUAAAUGCUGUAUAGGAAUUUUUUCUCUUCCUUAGUUUAGCUUUGGUUGGAAUUACUGGGUUUUUUUUGACUUGAUUAACCCUUUUGUUGGCGAGGAUGAAGAUUAACUCUGGGCAGAAGGGGUUUUGCUCUCCCCACGGUGGCUGCAGUGGCCUCUGCCCCUGGGCAGCGUUUGCUUGUGGAAAAGCCCACCUUGAGGGACAGGGUUGUGACCAUUGGCUCGGUGUCCAUGGUGCAGAAGGGGUUAAUCUGAGGACUGAUUGGAAAUAACCUUUACUGGAGCAGGGCUGUGUAUCUCCUGCAAAGCUGCAUUACAUUCUGUACUGUGUACAAUAAAGGAUCUUGCUUUCUGUU